CUCCUUCCUCUUUUUCAUCUUGAAAAGUUAUCCAAUUAUAUAAAGCCUAGAGAUAUCUUAAGAUCCAAUCCAAAAAGCAUCACCAAAUUUGCGUAAAAACCACUUAAUUGCCUCACCUAGCUAAUUCUUCUCUUCUCUCUACCUCUUCAACCUUAAAUUCCAACUUUGACAUCACUCCAUACUUCUUAAAAAUUAUAUAUUAGCCUUGAUAUAUAAUUCUCAAACAAUGGUCAUGAAAGUUGUUAUAACCUCGUAAUUUUCUUUCGUCGAAUAUCAUCUACUACUCUUAUUUCUUGCUCGACCUUAAAAACAUCAGGCUGCACAUAUAGUCGAUGGGGCGCCACUCUGUUUAUGUUAAAGAGAAGCUAAGGAGAGGAUUGUGGUCACCAGAUGAAGAUGAAAAAUUGUAUAACUAUAUCACUAGAUUUGGUGUUGGCUGCUGGAGUUCAGUCCCUAAGCUAUCUGGUUUACAAAGAUGUGGAAAGAGCUGCAGAUUGAGAUGGAUAAAUUACUUGAGGCCUGAUCUUAAAAGAGGAACAUUUUCACUAGAAGAAGAGGAUAUGAUUAUUACUCUCCAUGAAGUUCUUGGAAACAGAUGGGCACAAAUUGCAGCAAAAUUACCGGGGAGAACAGAUAACGAGAUAAAGAAUUAUUGGAAUUCAUAUUUGAAGAAGAAGCUAAUAAAGCAAGGGAUUGAUCCAAUAACACACAAGCCACUAAGUGAAAAUCAUCAAGUAAGAAAUGACACAAAUUGUACAGACAAGGCCUCAAUGUUGCUGAUGUCCAAAUUCCCAAAUAUGUCAAAUUCAGUUGAAAUAGAGCAACCAUUUCACUUUAACAAAAGAAUUUUCAACAGUGAGGCAAUUACUAGACAGUUAACAGAAGUUUCAAGAAACCAACUUGUGAGUAAACAAGUCUUUGAUCCUCUAUUUCUGUAUGAUUUCCAAGCAAAUAUGAAUCCAAUUGGACCUUAUGAUGGGAAUCAAGAUUUUGGGAUUUGUUCAAUGCCAAAUUUAACAAAUUUUGAACAUGGACACAUGACAGAAAGUGAUUUUUCUGACAGCUCAACUUCAAGAAUGAGUACAAGCAACAGGACAAAUACUAUGAUUAGACAUCAUAGCUCUGCUGGAAUUCAUCAGAUGAAUGAAAUGUUGGAAAAUUCUCAAGAAUUGACAUGGGAUGCCGACAACAAAAUUGAUUCUCUGUUUGAGUAUCCUUAUGAUGGGAUCAAGAAUGAAGAAGAUUUCAGUAAUAAUAAUAAUAAUAAUAAUCCAUUGAGCUCUUUACUCUGAAGACUUAAGUGGGGAAAAUCUUGAUGUGUUCCACCAUAUCUAAAAUGUAAAUUUACUUCUCUAUAAUAUACAUACAAAUAUUCAAAACUGUACUCAAGAAGAUUUUGAGGUGAGAAUCUUCUCUUCUCUAUUUGUUUUCUUCUUUCUUUGUAAAGUUUUAGCCAAAAGUACAGUUCUUCACUACUGCAUUGUCUCAGGAGUUUAGAUAAUAAAUGGUUUUGUUGUUAGAUUUUUUUAAUGAUUAAUAUGUCCCCAAUUCAACAGGCAUGUAAAAAGUUGGUUGUGUAUUGAAUAAGUAGAAUGUAGAAAUUUGAUGCAAAA